AUGGAUGAUGAAGGAUCUUCUAGAAUGUUAAAGGAAAUUACUAAAAAGUCAUUAUAUGAUAUAAUGCAAGAAUGUCCAAGUAAAAAGAUAGAUGAAAAGAUUUUAUUUUUGGAGAAAAAGAAUAUAGAGCUGACCAAAUGUCCGGAUAGUAAACUUGGCAUAUUGAAACAUACUUUAAGUUAUUUCAAGUCUGACUUUAAGCAAAAAUGGCGAUUGGCAAAUUAUAAGCAAGAACGGUUUUUUAAAAAUUCAAUUAAAUUUGUCAUUUGGAAUACAGAAAAAUCUAAUCGACCAACAAAAGAAUUCGUAGAAUCAAGUGACAUAAGAAAUAAAGACGUGUCAAAAAUCAUAAAAGAAAUAACUUUAACACCGACAAGAGCUACAAAACUCCGAAAAGCGUUCUCUUCGGUUAAUAAAAAUAAAAUUAAAAAGCACACACCAUCUGAGGCCUUGGCUAUUUUUGUGGAGGGAGAUUUUACUCGGAGGCAACGGGAAAUACUACACAACGCAAAUAAAAGUAUUUAUUCUUGCUAUUCACUAAUAAAUAAUGCAAAAAAAGAAUGUUAUCCGAAGGAGCAAUCAAUAAGAGUCACUGAAACAUGGGCUGAAAUUAUCUUGCAAGAUUUACUCAACCAUACUUCUUUAAGAUUGUGUAAAUAUUUAGAAGAAAUUAUAGAAACCUGCACAGAAGAAGAAAAGAAGAUCAUGGAACUUCUUACAAAAUGGGGCUGUGACGGAUCCCAGCAAUCCCAAUUCAAGCAAAACUUUGAAAAUAAUACAGAAAGUGACUCAAAUAUUUUCCAAAGUUCCCUUGUUUCGAUACGACUGCAAACAAACAAUAAUGGACAGAAAAAGACUAUAUGGCAGAAUCCAGUGCCAUCAUCUCCAAGAUACUGCAGACCCAUAAGGAUACGUUUUAUUCACGAAACUAAAGAUGUAACAAACAAUGAAAUUGCAUAUGUAGAGAGCCAGGCAAGGAAUUUAACAGAAACAGAAAUACUGACUGCUACCGGCAUACUUUAUAUUAAUUACACAUAUCCUGCUACCAACAAUGGUGGACGCUAA